CUCUCAGCCGUCAUGUUGGACGAGUCGGUCGGACUCGGCAUCGUCACCGUACUCGCCGUCCUGGAGCAAGCUUACUUCUCUCUCCAGGUGAUUUAUGCCAGGAGGAAGUACUCGGUGUCUCCGCCUGCAACAACAGGACCGCCGGAGUUCGAGAGAGUCUUUCGAGCCCAAGCGAACUGUUCGGAGUAUUUCCCGAUCUUCAUCACCAUCCUCUGGACGUCGGGAGUCUUCUUCAGUCCAGGUCUGUCCUCAGUCUGUGGUCUGAUGUAUUUAUACGGACGUUUCUGUUAUUUUCGGGGAUAUUCGGCGUCUGCACUGGAACGGUUGGCUCCUCUGUACUUCAGCGCUAAGGUUCUCUGGGUUCUCAUCGGGUUCUCCGCUGUCGGUGUCUUUCUGUCCUUCUGUCGGUUCUACCUGCAGACGGAUGUGAUGAGGCAGCUCGCCACCGCCCUCGACCUCUGA